GCAAACUUCUGUGCGUGUUUCAUCUGCGUUUGGUUGUCCAGGGUUUGUUUUUUGUUGGUUAUAAAGCGUCACCGGUGAUCAACGUGAAUCGAAACCAAUUUCGUAAUACAAAAUAAAAACAUCCUCCACACCAGAGCGUUAAUAUAAAAUUACCACAAUGGCAGCGGCAAUGCCUAUAAACCCAAAACCGUUCCUUAACGGAUUAACUGGUAAGCCAGUUAUGGUGAAACUAAAGUGGGGUCACGAGUACAAAGGCUACUUGGUAUCAGUCGACGGCUACAUGAAUUUACAGCUCGCCAACACAGAGGAACACGUCGAUGGUAAUUGCACCGGUAGCCUAGGAGAGGUUCUGAUCAGAUGUAAUAACGUGAUGUAUAUUCGAGGGGUAGAGGAAGAAGAUGAAGAGGGAGAAAUGAAGGAUUAAUUAAACUACGGGAUUAAGUUGUAAUAUUAUCUUUUGUAAACAGAUCAAUUUCAAAGUACAAUUCCUCUGUAUUAAAAUACACAUUUUUUAAUUAUAAUUAA